AAAUGACGACUUGCGUCAAGUUUGUAGAUGAAAUGACUAGUAGCUAGCAGAACCUAUAGGCUAUGGGGCGAAGUAAAAUGUAAUAAUGUAUUGUUUUUUAACAAGGCCAUGACAGUGAUUUAGAAGGUGUGACAGAAACACCUCUUCAGAAGUGGCUUUUCGAUUGAAAUGGCCUCUGAACUCCACGAGGCUAUAUUUGUGGCCAAACAGGAGCGCCACAAGAACCUGUUCCUUAACUACAGAAACCUGAACAUCUUCCCCGUGGAACUCCUGAAGGAUGAGGGUCUGCAGUUUUUGGAGAGGCUAUACAUGAAGAGGAACUCUCUUACUACGCUGCCUGACAGUCUUGCACAGAAGCUCCCAAAUUUAAUUGAGUUGUAUCUUCACUCCAAUAACAUAGUCAUCAUUCCUGAAGCUAUUGGGAACCUAGCCAAGCUUCAGUCCUUGGAUCUUAGUGACAAUGCACUUCAAGUAAUUUGUCCAGAAAUUGGUCGUCUUCGCUCACUACGACAUCUGAGACUGGCCAAUAACCAGCUCAAAUUCCUUCCUCCAGAAAUCGGGGACCUGCGAGAGCUGGAGACUCUGGAUGUUUCCAUGAACCUGCUGAGCUGGCUGCCGGAGCGCCUGCACCAGUGCCUGUCCCUGCAGUGCCUGACCGCUGACCGCAACCACCUGCACGGCCUGCCCCGCCAGCUCUGCCAGCUGCAGAGCCUCAACGAGCUCUCCAUGGCUGCCAACUGCCUGGCGUCGCUGCCCUUGGAUUUGGGCCGCUCCCGGGAGCUGCAGUUUGUGUUUGUCGACAACAACGUUCACCUCAAAGGCCUUCCGUCCUACCUGUACAACAAAGUAAUUGGCUGCAGUGGAUGCGGUUUGUCAGCACAGGUACCAGACAGCAAGUUGCUUUCCCUGGCCCUGGGGGAGGUGGCUGUGCCCCUGCCAGCUGAGGUCAAGACAGUAGGCUCUGAGACAGAGAGAGUAGUUCCUCUGGAGGAGCUCUCUAUCAGGGCCCUGUAUCACAUCUACCACCAACAUACCAAGGAGCUAAGCGUCUUGCCGCCCUUCCUGUUGCCGAAGAGUCUACUGGACGUACUGCUGUGCCCCCUGGGUCACUGUCACCGCUGCAGCCAGCCCAUGUUCACCAUCGUCUACCCCAAGCUCUUCCCCCUCAGAGAAACCCCCCUGGCUGGGGUGCACCGCAGGACCACAGUGAGUUUCGUGGCCUACUGCUGCUCCAGCCAGUGUGUACGGACGUUUGACCUCCAGGGAUGACUUUGUGGCGCUUGCCCCUCCCCCCUUUCGUAAGCACCUCCAUUGGUGCCAGCUCCGGUCUCCUUGACCAGUAAGAAGGAAGCCUGUUUUGAGUCCACUAAUGGACAGUGAUGCUUCUCCCAUCUCCACUUCCUCUGUGUGGGGAGAGAUGAAGGAUUGAACUUGAACCUCAUCCAUUCACUGACACGGUGAAGGGGAAAGCUGAACACUGAAUGGAUUCAAGUCAUAGACAAGUCUUAACUGCACUUUUAAUUCUCAACCUCACAGUUGAAAAUAAUUUUAGUCCUGAUGGUAUGCUAAAUUGAAAUGCCUGAAUAUGUAUAAAUGAUUCAUCUCAUGUCUGCAGUUGACAACAUCACAGUAAAGUAUAUACUGUUUGUAAUACCCUAAUCCCCAGCCAUGGGGUUUAGCAUAGUGCAGUCUGUUGGUAAGAUUCCUCUCACAGAAGGAAGACUACUCUACAGGUCCUUCACAAGCGGAAGUAAAGUUUUGAAGAAUGAGCAAACAAUUGUGAUUUGUUUUUCAUAAUGGAAGAUCUAUUUUUGGGGUUUUCUAUAGAUUUUUUGAAUAAAUUGAUAGGAAGUUUUUGAUUAAACCUUUGAUGACUGCAAUGUCUGUUUAGAAUAAGACCCCUUUAAAAAAGUUCUGAAAAUAUAUUCUUCAAAACCAAAGGUUUAGCGUUCUUUCUCUUUACCUCUCCUAGUAAUGUCGAUAAGCAAAAUGUUUGUGAUGAAUGGAAUUUCAUGUUUGAGUGUUGUUCAACACUAAUUUAGACUUCUUAAUUAUUCAAAAUUGUCAGUUGUUAACCAGAUGUGAAAAAAUGAAUGUUUUUCAUAUUGUGUUUUCUACUUUACACCAUGCCUUAUACACAUCAAACUCAUAAGAAUUAUCUCCUUUUACUGUAAUGGGCCACAAAUUACAGGAUCCAAUUUAAAAGACGUCUGUUAAUAUCAAGACCCAAAACUCCACAUGCCCUAACAGCAUAGAGGGCAGCAAAGCUCUGUGAAAGUCUUAAGAAUGUAACCGAAGAUUCAAACAGCCUUUAGUGGUGCUGUAGAAUCACCAGUCAGCUCAAGAGAAACUAACUCUCAUUUAAGAAUUGUCAAGCUAGAGUCCUGGCAAGUUAUUGUUUUGGAUACACUAUGUCUGAAUUGGCAACUCAAUGUUUUUGAGGAAUUGUCAAGCAUGAACAUGACACAUUAAUGCACAGCCAUAUAGACAAAAAAGCCAACAAAGUAUUGACAUGAUUAGGUCAACUACAAAGACUACCUAUUGUAAAGCAUCCUACUGUAUUAUAUUGGUUAAGUCUGAGUUGAAUUAUUUUCAGGAUUCCUGCACUGUGAAGGCCUUGUGUCAUUCAUUUGUUUAACUGAAUAUUGUAUGUUUAUGAUUACUACGUUAUACAAUACCAAGUUAUGAUUAUUCUCUUUUGUUUGAAUUUCUUGCAUUUUGCAAUAAAGAUCAUGAAUGUUUAACAUUGA